CUAGCAACGUUUACAAGAUGGCUUCCGAAAUUGAAGAGCAAGAAGAUGAUUCCUUUUAUGACAUCCACAGAACUUCUCUACUUGAUGUAAUUGAAGAUAAAAACAGGGCAGCAAAUAGGAAAAGUUUGAUACAUCGAAUGGUAAUCGUUUCUAAACUCAGAGAUCCUGAUGCUGAUAGGAAACAAAUUGGAAUUAAAUAUGAAGAGAAAUUGAAGAAUCUACAGGGUGAAGGAGUGACUGGGUUGAUGUUAAUUUAUAUGAAACAUGUUGUUCACAUUGUAGAGACAUCAAGUGAGUUUCUGUUGGAAACAAUAAAAGAUUUAUAUAACAGUGAAGUGAAUGAGAGAGGUUUUGUCAGCAGUUCUAAAAUUCUAAAUAUAACUCAUAAUAUAUCAGAUAGACUUUUUAAUCAGUGGAAUUUCCGAGCUUUGGAGAUUCAGGUCCAUCGAUUAGAAGCUUACGAACCCUCCGAAUCAACAGAUAGAUUAGUCAUAGAUAUUCUUUCUCAACUUUUAAAAUUAGGAUCUUAUCUCAGUAAACAACCCAAGCAAUCAUUAAAGAAUGCUUUAGAUUCUCUUCAUGAAAGAGUCCCUGAUAUGUUACCCUUUGAAGCUGCUGUACAUUAUUUACUUGAGGAAGAUGAUGUUUGUAUGUAUGAUUUGUCCGAAUAUUUAGAUCUUUACCAGAAACCUUUUGAUGUCCAGUCAGACACAGAUUUGGUGUGGCCGUUACCUGUUCGUUUAUUUCCUUAUAAUUAAAUUUAUAUUGAGAAAAUAAUACUGACAGAAUUUAACUUUGAUCCAACAAAUUGAUACAUCUUGCAAAGAAUGCUCCUGUAGUUUCAGAAGUUUGUCUUAAUAUUAAAAUUGUUUCAUGACAUUUGAGAAUUGAUCCAGUAGUAAUAAACUACAGUACAGAGUGUUAAUGAACACCUCAUUGAAUGUACGAACCAAGCUGUAUCUUUAGAAAAGAAUUUUGUCAUCAAUAUAAAUGAGAUGAAAACAUACACAAGGACAAGACGUACAUAAUCUUGAAGUUUUGACAUUUAGAAUAAAGAUUGAAAGCCUACAUUCUGUUAUUGAUGAUAUUGACAAACUAUAUUUAAAUCUGUUUUGUGAAUUUUUUUAAUGAAUCAAGAUAACUGUGAUAUAUAAAUUAAAAGAAAUUUAAAUUGUAA